AUGUAUAACAAGUUUUGUGCUAUACACAUUUUUAAGAUUUAUGCUACAUUAAUCGCGUUUACAGUAUGUCGUGCAAAUUAUUUAACCAAAAAUAUUUAUUUACAAGAUUAUGGAAAUUAUCCUGUAAACUGGUUUGAUGAAGUUUUUAUACUUUAUGUAACCUUAAUAAAUGAUGGUGAUAUUCCAGUUGUGGUGUCCAUCAAGAUGAUAAAAUGCUGUGAACAACUUUUUACGAGUUAUGACAAAGAUUGCGAUCAUUUGCAAUUUGAUGGAUCGCAAAAACAGUUGGAAGGAGCCAGUAAAGCUAAUUAUACACUCAUUUAUCCUAAUGCCUACCCGUAUAACCGCAAAGGUGAAUGUAACGUAGACAUAACCAUAUACAAAAAUCAAACGAAAAUAUCGAGAUAUAUACAAAUUAUACCAUUCGAUACAACUAAAAAAAUAGAAGAUAUUAUUUCGUUACAAACAAAUAUGCUAACUUUUGUAAGCAAUUACACAUUAUGCGAAUCUCCAGAUGAAGAUCCAUUAGAUUUAUGCGCGCCAGUAAAUUGCCACAUGAAAUAUCAAGGUUCCAGGAGUUUUUUCGACACUAUUAAACGACAAUGUGUAUCUAUUCCAAUAUGCAAUGGAAUAUCAAACAAGGAAAAUUCAUCAAACAUAGUGUAUGAUCCUUAUAGCAAUAAUUGCACAUCAUUAACCGAUAAGAUAUCAAUAACCGACAUUGAUUGUAUACUUAAUGAAACAGAAAACAAAAAAUGUAAAAAUAAAAAAACUAAUACCUUGUAUCAAUCUAACAUUCGAUGUCACCAUGGCAAGAUGGACGAAAUUAACAAGUCAUGUAACUGCAACAAUGGUUGGACCAGUACUCAAAAUUGGAAUUUUCCCAUUAUUUCCACAGUUCCUAUUCAUAUGUGUACUGUUCAAAUUCACACAGGAAACAUUGGCAAAAUUCUAAUUUUGAUAAAAAACCUUGAACCUAAAAAUAUCUUUUGGGCGAUAUUCUUAUCGUUAAUAUGGUAUUUUAUUAUUCAAUUAAUAAUCAUCUAUGUAGUCAUAAAGUUAUAA